UUGACUUUGACAUGUGGACGACAUCGACGGCAUCGAGAUGACGACAUUGAGCGUACGCCAGCCAUGAAGCAGGUCGACGAGCCUUUGCCAGACGCAGAGCCAGACGAACGUACGCCGCUUCUGGCUCGGCGAGAUGCAGGGGAAGCGGGCCAGCAGGUCGCGGCAAGCAGAACGCCGCUGCCUGUCUUUCAGGUCUUCAUUCUGUGCAGCCUACGCUUCUGCGAGCCAGUCGGCAUGGCACUCAUCUUCCCCUUCGUCAACCAGCAGCUUGUAGAGCUGGGCAUUGCAGACGAAGACAACGUAGGCUACCUCAGCGGCGUCAUAGAAUCACUCUUCAGCUUGGCCCAAUUCGCGACGAUCCUACAGAUAGGCAGGCUCUCGGACCGGAUAGGCAGGAAGCCAGUCAUCCUCGGAGGCCUAGCAGGUGUCACGCUCUCUGCUACUGCCUUUGGCCUCUCGCAGAGCUUUGCCGCCAUGGCGAUCAGUCGUGCGCUGGCGGGCGGCUUGAACGGAAACGCCGCCGUCAUCAAGUCUAUGCUCGCCGAGCUGACGGAUGAGACAAAUCAAGGUCUCGCUUUCUCGUUUCUGCCGCUCUCGUGGGCAUUGGGAACCGUCGUCGCCCCGCUCAUUGGCGGCUUGCUGCCUCAUCCGGUCGAACGCUACCCACGUGUCUUUGGCCGCUCGACUUUCCUGAAAGCAUACCCAUACAGCUUUCUGCCGUGCUUUGUCGGAGCGCUCUUCCCGCUUUUUGGCGUCAUUGUAGGCUCAUUCUUUCUGAAAGAGACACUGCCGUCUCGAGUGAACCGAGAACUAGACAAGGGGCUAGGAGGAGAAGGCCAGCAAGAGAUAGACGCACACGAUGGGCUGCCGCCUCCGCCGCCUGUCGAGCUGGUCUCGGACGAGCGUCCCACAGUGCUAUCACUGCUUCGCGAUCAGCAGAUCGUCGCCAUACUUGUAGCUUACUCCUUCCUAGCGCUUCAGACCAUCUCGCUGGCUGCGCUGGUCCCACUGUUCGGUUACACGCCCAUAAGACUCGGCGGACUAUCGCUAUCCGAGCCCGAUUUAGGAGCAGCAUUGAGCUUCCAAGGCUUUGCUGUGCUCUUCUUCCAGGUCAUCGUUUUUCCGAUUGCGCAACGACGCAUGGGCACACUACCGCUCUACCGUUCAGCGAUGGCAAUGUAUCCUUUCGUGUUUGUACUAUUACCAGUCACACAUCUCCUCGCAAAACAACAGAGCGAUCGCACAGGCUUGUGGAUCUUCCUCCUCUUCACUCUGCUCGUCUCCUCGAUCGGCAACAUGGUCUUCGGCUGCAAUAUGAUCAUCGUCAACGGUGCAGCACCGAGUCAGGCGGCGCUGGGCACUCUGAACGGUCUGGCACAAUCGUGCGCCGCUCUUGUACGAGCCAUCGGGCCGGCAGCGUCGACGGCCUUGUUUGCUUUCGGCAUCGAUCAUCACAUCCUGGGCGGUCUGCUCAUAUGGGUGCUCCUCUUCGCUGUCUCGCUAUGCGCCUUUGCAUCCACCUUUGCACUGAAAGACAACAAAGCGGCGUGGCGACAAGCCGAGCCGCGUAGUCAGACGCCAUCCCGGACGCCGCGGCAGUUGAGCGAAGAGAGCAGCGAAGCGGGUCGAUAGAGGCAGUCUUGUAAUUUCAACUUGCCCGGCGGUAGAGAGACGAACAGUCUAUGUUGUAAAUUCGCGCACUUCGAUCGCAG